AUGGUGGAGAAUGAGAAUCAAGAAAUGCUGCUUGGAGACUUUUAUGAUAAUCAAGAGUGGUUAUUAACGGGAGCUUUUCUAUCAAAUGGAACAAUCCGUCAUAUCGACAAUGAAUCAUUCUCAAUGAUAAUUCUGAAUGUUCAAUUGAAAAGACAAAGUUUCUAUUAUGUUUUCAAUCUCGUUUUUCCGACAACAUUGGUUUCACUGGUGGCUGUGAUUGGUUUUCAUGCUCCGAUCAAUGCAACAGGAAGAAGGGAAAGCAAAUUUCGAUUGGGAAUCAUGACUCUUCUAUCAAUGUCGGUGAUGCUAUUGAUGUUGGUGGGUGAGAUGAAAUUCGCAAUGGAGAGUGUACCUGGACAACGAGGAUCUUUCUCAGAUGUUCCUUUGUUAGGUAUAUACUACAUGACAUUGAUUUUGAUUGUUGGAGUCGCUACAUGCACUACAUCAAUUUUUGUUCAUUUGGAGAAAUAUGCGAUGAGGAAUCCGACUGUUCAAGCUGUGCCGUCUUGUCUUCGAUUUCUGAUGGCUAAAAAGCUUUUCUUUUGUUACGUUCCAAAGAAUUUUCGAUUCUAUCCAAAAGGAGAUGAUAUCAGUCGAAACAAUAAUGUGAGCGCUUUCAGUCGACAUUCAACACCCGAGAAUACACUCAUGAGAAAUCUGAUUCCAAAAGAGGUGAACUUCACAGAAGUGAAUCAAGAUCAACCAAUAACAAGUGAAGUUCUAUUAGAUGGACCAGCCCAAUCAAGACAACGUCUCGAUAUAAUCAUUCAAUUGAUUCGAGAGAUUAUUCAAAUGAAAGAGUCGAUGCGUUCUCGUGGUUCUCUAACGGGUUUUUGGGAACGAAUCAUUCGUCGACUUGAAUCUUUUUCUAUCACAUUUUAUCUUUUAUUAAUGAGUAUCAAUCUUUUUCUUUUUCUUUGCCCAGAGUUGUGGUACGGUUCG